GUGAUUGAACAGCAAACUGGUGUUGAUGAACAGGAUGCAAAUAUAAUAGUACAAGAGGAAGUUGAAGUACAAGAAUCAAUUGUUCCUAGUACUGAGUUCUCCUCUGGAGAAGAACCAUUUUCAAUCGCAAAGUUUUUGGGUAGACUGUCAGUCAAUUUGAUACUUCCUUUCAUAAAUGGCUUGAUGCUUGGGUUUGGUGAAAUAAUAGCACAUGAAAUUGGUUUCCAUUACAAUUGGACAGGUUCAAAGGUA